AUGGUUGAACUCCGCAAACGCAAAGCUCCCGCACCACCUCCCGUCGUGCAGAAGAAAACUAAAUCAGCUCCCAAGCCCAAGGAGACCAAGGAGCCUAAGGAAGCCGCCACCGUCACCAAAAAUGCCGAAGAACCAGCAGCAACAGUAAAGCUGCCCAAGGUUGAUGAAACCAUCGAUCUCGAGGGAUUCGGUGGAGAAAUUGAGACCAACGAUGGUACCAAGACCACCUUGAAGAAGCUUGUCGAAGAGAGCACCGCGGGUGUUGUUUUAUUUACCUACCCCAAGGCCUCAACUCCUGGUUGCACCAAGCAAGCGUGUUUGUUUCGCGACAACUACAAACAUCUUACCUCCACUGGUCUGACAAUUUAUGGUCUUUCGGCCGAUUCGCCAAAGGCAAACACUACAUUUCAAACUAAGCAGAAGCUGCCUUAUCCAUUGCUUUGUGAUCCCAGCGCGACCUUGAUUGCGGCUGUGGGACUUAAGAAGGCUCCUAAGGGUACUACUCGUGGUGUGUUUGCUGUUGAUAAGAAGGGCAAGGUUUUGCUUAGCGAGUCUGGUGGUCCUGAUGCUACUGUUGAUGCUGUUCAGAAGCUGAUUGCAUCUGUUCCUAAGGUGGACGGUGCAGAGGAAGACGGUACUGAUGAAGCCAAGUAA